AUGCCAGUCAAACAUAAAAUUAUUGUAUCAUCAAAUCAGCACACUUUAUUUCAAAUGUUUGACAAGAAAAUUUAUGAUCGUGAAAACGAAGUUGAGAGUGAGAGUCGGGAAUUGGAAAAAAACACAGAGCUUGAUGAAAUAACUGAAAUGGACGAUACUGAAGGUGAUGCGACUAAUGCGAUAAAUAAAACCACAAGCACAGAAAAAGAAUGUCUAGAUUCUGAAGAUUUUGUUUCAAAGAAAAGGAACAGACGUGCAGAGUCCGAGCCUAUUCCAGAGAAAGCAGUGAAAAAACAUUUUUGUUCACAAUCUGGUGAGAAUACAGGGGAUGCAUCCAUGAUUGUGGAACUAAUCAAGGAAUCAAAUGAUAGAAUUGAAAAGAAGCUCGAUGCAUCGGAACAAAAGAUCAUAGAAAUUCUUAUAGAAAUGAUCCUGUCAACACAUGCCAGAGUAAAGCAGGGUCUUAGCUAGAGGGCCGUGUUAUCGCAGCCAAAAGUGGAAAAAUACGGCUAGAUAAAAUGAACGCGGCUUCACUAUUUAUACAAGGCCGUGUAUAGGUUCAUAAAAUAAGGUGGUGCUACUUACAACAGACAGAGUUUCUUCCUAUUUACGUCAAGAAAGUUUGUAGAAUCUACUGUUGUUGUUGAAUUGGCAAAAGUGAUCCGUGAUAUUUUAAUGUUUUGAUGGAUAAUGGGAACUGUAUGGUGUUAAAAUGGUUUUAAAUACCCCCAAUAGUUGUUGAAAUUAUAACUUAAUUGUCAGUGCGCAAUAUGAGCGUAUGCUCGCCUUGUAUUUGGUUGCAAAGCAUAGAACAACCACAGGCAUUGUUGUUGGCGAGCAUAACUAGAGCCAUGAUUUUGCUAUUCAAAGUAAUUGACAUGUGCACGCCCUGGUCAUUAGAAACACGCCCAAGAUCUAAAAUCCUAGCUAAGACCCUGGAGUAAAGUUAAUCAGACUGAAAAAAUUAUGAAAUAUUUCGGCGAGACUUGGCAAGUUGCAAAGAUUUAGACAGCCUGGUAAUAUGUUUACAGCAAAAUCAAUUCACCUAUGACGAAGAGUCAGGAAUAAUUUCAUGCACAAUCUGCACAUCUGAGGAAGCAAUUCGAAGAAAUGUAAACGAAAAUAAUACGGGCCAUUUUAAAGUUAAUAUAGACAAAUAUAAUUUAGAGUAGUUUACAAAUCCCAACCAACAACCAAAAACCGUGAGUCAUUUGAAAAGUCAUAUUGCAGAGAUCUAUUUGGAGCUCAAAGAAGGGAAAAGAAUGCAUUUCAUCAGAAGCAGUUGGAGAGGAUCGAGACAGAGCAUCUGGCAGAGUCCAAAAGACAAGCCAGAUCUUACACAGCUGGAAUGAAUCUAUUCAGAAUCCGAUACAAUGAAAUAAUGCAGGGAAACAGCUACAACAGCUUUGAGAGUGACAUCUUGACAGCUAAAUUAAACAAAUGUGAAGUAGGAGAUGAGAACCAUAGCAGAAUGUUUGCAAGGGCAUUGACGAAAGAUAUUGCUGCCAUUAUGGAUAUUGAUCUAAAACAAGCUUUAUCACGAAAACUUGAUUGCACAAAUCAACGACCACCUGUUGGUAUGGUGAUGGAUAAGAUGACACCAAAUAAAAGAACUGGACAAUCCAUGCAAUCAUUGUUCCUGUCCCAUCCAACCCUCUAUCCGACGUAAUGUUGGCUCCAGGCAUGCUGGAAGUUCCACCUGUCACUCAUCAUGAUGCAGCAGGUCUAGCUGCAAUGGCCAAGAAAGUUUUAAAUGGUGCUGGUGUCAAGGACAGUCAGUUGGAAGGAGUUGGCUGGGAUGGACAAUAUGUUCUUUUGGGAGUAAUGGAGAAACUUAUAGAGCUGUUAGACAUACCAGGUAUGGACACAGAUACGAAGCGGAAGUGGAUCACUCAGAUGUGGGAACCAGCCCACAAUAUUGAACUAGCAACCAAAGAUAUUAGAGAGAUGACCACAGUUUUUGACUGGUUUGUAGAACACAUUUCAAUAGUCAAUGGCAUAAUUCAAACACUGAACAUUGGUAAGGGAUUGGAGCAGUGUCUUACAGCAGCUGAAGAACAGAACAGGAGGCUGUAUAGACUGACAAAUUUAACCACAACUAGAUUUUCUGCCUAUUUCGAGCGAUCAUUGUCUAACUUUGAGAAGGAUUUUCCAGUCAUUGUUCAAGCUCUGCAAACCAGAUCUAUAGAGAGUGGAGAAAAAGAUGCGAGGGAGCAUGCCUCUAAUUCAUUAAAGAAAAUCUUGACAAGGACCUUUAUUAUGGUGAAUCUGGGAUUAAUUGACAUUUACCGACUUUUGGGAUCCUAUUCUUGUCUCCUACAAACGGUUGAACAGUUUCCCUGGACUGUUGAACAAUGA